AUGGCGUGUGAUAAUGGCCAUAACUAUAUCAAGUUUUCUAUUGAGAUGGGCUCGAGACGGCCGACUCUGAGGCUCACACAUAACCCCCUUCAACAGCCGUACAAGAAUAUUCCCUACGACAUGAUCACUGCCCUUUUAAAAUCUGGUCUUGGACACUUUCACACCCUACCGACCAGUGCAUUCUAUAGCUCAUCCCAAGCAGCAGCAGCGAAGCCACCCACCACCACCACCACCACCACCACCACCACGACGGACAUAUCCGGUGUACAAAUGGUUCGUCUGCACAACACAAGAAGAUCGCUCUUCCGCACGGUCUUGAGAAAGGCCAUCUCUACAAUCAACCAAGCACAUUACCCGCUCCGCAAGAACAGCCUGGCCCUCCUGUAUCGCUCGAGCAACCGAUCGUUCCGAAACAUAGGAGUACGAGCACACCUCGACGGCCAAGAACGUAAGCUAGCGCACAGAAGCGGCGUGCCGAGCAAUUUUGAGGCGUCUGGAAUGCGACAACCCCCGCUGCUGCCUCGGGCAGGGCUAUGCUAUACAUAUAUACUAAAUUAG